AGGAGGUGGGUGAGGCCAAGGUCCAAGCCACGGCACUGAUGCACCCACUGCCUAUCUCUCUGCAGAGUUCCUGGGUACUCCCUGUCCCCUGCUGGUCACCAAGUCAGGAGGACUCCACAUACCCCUUUACAUCUGUUCUGGACUCUGACCCCAAGGUCAAGUUGUCCUGCAAAGGUUGGCCAGUGUUUGGAGCAUGGGGCCUCUCUCUUUGAUGCUGAGAGCACACAUUUUCCAGGGGAGUCUUGGGAGGUGAGCCAGAGGUAAGCUGGGUGUGGGCUAACCCAAUCUGGGGUGAGACCAAAGGCCAGAGGGUUAACCUCUACUCUUUAAUGGGUAUAUAUUUUAAAAGCAGGGGGAUGGUGGCUGAUUUUUGCUUUCAUUAUUACUUUUCAGCGUUGUUCAGACAAAAACAAAGCAAAGACAUCCAGCACUGUAGGCCAGCCCUUGCCCUCCAUUCUCCUGCACAAGUGGGCACUGGUCAUCUGCCCAGGGAUGAGCUGCCCAGUGCUGGGAGGUCAGUGGGGAUCACUCAGGUUUUUGGCAGAUGCUCUGAGAUGUCCCAGUGUCCUUUGUUUUGGGAACAGAUGUACACUGAACACCUACUCCAUGCCCCUAAGUGCGAGUAAAGGCCAGUCAGGCCUGGGGCUUGGCCCCAGUGGCUGGAUACCCCCACACCAGUUCCACAAGCAGCUCGCUAGAGCUGGAAUGGGUGCCUCACACCUGGUGAGCCCACAACCCAGGGGCCCCAGGCACGUCUAGGCUCAGAGCCUGAGUCCUGCUUCAUUCCCUUGUUCCUGGAAGAGAAGACUUCCUAAGACAGGGGGACAAGAGGCCCACAAAGGAACUGACGGGAGGAAGGGCCGUGCCGCCACUGUGGUCUGCCACUUCUCUGGAUUAUUCUCCCAGCGUGAAGUUCCAGUCAUUGCCAAGAGGAAGGAAAACGGCCACCCAGAGCCAAGACUGGAGCAGCUUUUAACAGUAAUCACAGCAGAUCACACUUAGGUAGCACAGACUCUGUGUCCUGUCACAAGCUUGUCAUCAACUCUGAAAUCUGAAUACUCAUCCUAGAAAGAGACCCCGUUAACUCGCCCACCCUCCCCAUGAGAAGCCUCCAGCGCAGAGAGAUCAGGGAGCUGGCCAGGGCCACGCAGGCUGCUGUAUUCCAGACCCCAUGCUCACAACCAGACUCAGCUUCCAUGGGUAGGUGACCCAGAGUGAUGACACUGAGGACAGGACAAGGGCUCCUCGCCCCUGGCCUGCUUGAUCCCCCCAACCUGGCAAACCCAGAGAGGGUGUGAGCCAUCCCCUGGGGAGCAGCGCUGCAGGACAAUGGGUUAGACCAAACUGCUAAUCAACAGACUCGGCUCCUGAUGGCUUAAAAAAUAAACAAACAAUUAAGUAAGCCAGAAAAAGAAAAGAAAACACAGGCCCAAGUUUCUUCAGUUUAUUAGGUGCCAGUAAUCCGCAGGCCCAAAGGAGAUGCCACCAGUCUCUGAAGUCCCCUGCCAUGUGCUAAUCAAAAGCAAACAGCCCAGGCCAGCACACUGGAGCCUCACCAGGUGGGUCUAAGCACCUGGGAGCUGGGCAAACACUGGUUCCUGGGGUGUGGGUAUAGCCCUAUAAAGCCCCCAGCCUCAAGCCAUUAAGACCAAGGCAGAGAAAGCAGGUGAUGGAUCGAGGACCGUGGCUGCUGGUGGCACUGGUGGUACUAUGGGGUGACGGCGGGGAAGGGGCUCCCUGGGGCCCCACGCGGUGCAUGCCCAUUCCCCAGGCCAUGGCCCUGUGCCACGACAUUGGCUACACAGAGAUGCAGCUACCCAACUUGCUGGACCAUGACACUGCAGCUGAGGCCAUCCAGCAGUCAGUCAGCUGGUUGCCCCUGCUGGCCAGGGAGUGCCACCCUGAUGCCCGCCUCUUCCUGUGCUCCCUCUUUGCCCCCGUGUGCCUCGACAGGGUCAUCUACCCGUGCCGCAGCCUGUGCGAGGCUGUGCAGGCCAGCUGUGCACCCAUCAUGGCCUGCUACGGCUACCCCUGGCCAGCCAUCCUGCACUGCAGACGCUUCCCCACGGGCCAUGGCCUCUGCGUGGCUGCCGUCUCCAAUGGCUCCCGCCCGGGCCGCCCACUGCCACGUGCCAGCUGCAGGGACUGUGAGUUGCAGGACACCCGCUCGUCCAAGGAGGUUCUGGACACGCUCUGCGCUAGCGACUUUGCAGUGAAAGUUAGGCUCUCCCGGCGCAAUGGGUCGUCCUCCGGACCCUCAGACUGCGACCUGGACUCACGGCUAGAGGUUCUGAAGGCGGGCCCACUGUCUCCUGGGGAGCUGGCGCCCACUCUGCGACGCUGGCUGCAGCUGGAUGCCACGUGCGUGCACAACCUCCUGCGUGGAAGGCAUGCUGGGACCUACGUGCUGUGUGGGGAGGUACUGGGUCACCGUCUGCUGGUAACCACGGCCUAUGCUUGGAGCCAGGGCCACCGAAAUCUGCAGUUGGCUGUGCGCAGGUGGCGCCAUCACCAGUGCCCAGAAUAGCGGCUAACGCAGGCAGGGAGAGCCUGGGACUUGACAGCCACAGCCUCUGCAGUGGUCACGUGAACCAUGUGCUCCCCUGGACACACAUAAAACCUUCUUUCUGCUGCCCUCCAUGGAUAUCUGCAGAUCAAGAGUCCAGAGAAGCCCCAAGGCUCACCCAGGACUGGCUCAAGUAGGAUGGAACCCCACCUACAUGGUCACAGUGAGGGGCCCCUUCCUGAGCCAGUAGUGCCCUGCCUGGAAAAAGGCAGCUGUGUGUGCUGGGCAGGCAAGACCACCUUUCUGUCCCUCCCAGAACUGGGAUGUCAGCCUGGCUGAUGCCCUGCUACUGCCCACAAACUCCGACACCCUACACUGAGCCUUGGGGCAGGCGUGCAGCCUCAGGUUACACUCACCCAGGCCCCAUGCAACUUGUCAAGCCCCAGGCAGACUCGAUUAUAUCUUCCUGACUUUUACUGGGUCCACAGUUCUGCCCAGCAGCAGGCUUGUGGAGCAGCAGGGGGGUGGGUGCAUACAGAAAACUGCAUUAAGCUGCUUACAAACAUGAACUAAUAUGCACACUAAAAUUCUUU